UUUAAUACACUGAGACCAAAGUGAAACAUUUUGCAUGACAUUUAGGACAAAAAACUGAGAGUUGGGUGAAUCUGGUUGACUUGGUGCUUAAUUCACAAAAGAAAAUAUGGCUUCAAAAUCAGAUCCAAAUGAGGCUAGCUAUCUCAAUAUUCUGAAGUGUCCUAUAUGCUUUGAAGUGUUAGCCAACCCUAAGGUGACCCCCUGCAUGCAUACAAUAUGCUGUGGUUGCCUAGACAACUGGAUACAAGAACAGGGCCAAUCAAAAUGCCCAUGUCCUAUCUGUAACGUUGAGUUCGACCCACCAAUAGAUGGUGCAAAAAGCUUAAAGGGCAACUAUAUCUUGAAUGAUAUGUUAGAUCAGAUCCAUAGACAAGAAGAAGAUGAGAUAACUGGACGCCUUUGUGAUAUCUGCAUGCUGGAUGAUGAGAGGGUUUGUGCAACCUCCAAGUGCAUUGACUGCAAUCAGUACACAUGUAGAGUCUGCAGUAGGGCGCAUAAGAACAUUAAGGCUGUACAAGACCAUUCAAUAAUUCCAAUUGGUAAAACUGGCGAUAAAGCCAUCGAAUCAAUAACGCAUAUGUUCAACAAGAUGCAAAUAUGCUCAUCUCACCCGGAUGAAGAAUUAAACUUUUAUUGCCGAAGUUGCAAUGAUAUUGUCUGCAGUGAUUGCUGCCGGGGCACCCAUAGUGGUCACAAGUACCGUAAGCUGUCCAAAGUCAUAAAACAAGACAUUCAAGACAUCAGCUCCCUCAUUGAAAUAUCUCUGCAGAGAGAGGAGGAAAUCAACGAUGCACUCCAAGAUAUGACCAAAUUUAAAGAGAAGCUUGAGGAGGAUGCUUCUGACGCAAUAGAAAGAAUAACUACAAACAGAAAAGUUCAACAUUCCUUGAUUGACAAACACUACAAUGAACAAAUUUACAAAUUGAGAAGAAUUAAAUUUAGAGCCUCGAAUAAUGCAGAUGCUCAUAUCGAUGACCUCCAAAUGGAGAAUGGAAAAACAAUGAGUACAAGGCUCCAUCUGAUGAAUCAACAACAGUGUGGACAUCCAGUUGAGAUCAUUAACAUGAGAGAAGAAGUCAGAGACACUACAGAAGAAUGGUCCAAACCACAGGAGUUUGAAUUUGAUUCAAGGGUUGAACUAGAAUACAUUGAUGGUAGAGUAACACCAUCAGGCUUAGAGUUUGGACAAGUCGCUUCACAGUGAUAAGCAAAAUAUAAUAUGAGUCGAGUCACGCAAAAACUUUCCUUAUAGAUUUUAAUUCAUAACUGAGCAUUUAUACAGCCUCAUAAAUUGCCUUGUGUUAAGUGCCUUUAACAGAAUUAUGACAAUCGACAAAAGUUAGUUAGAAUUUCAUGAAUAUCACUCUGCUCAUCUGUCCAACUCAUCUUUUAAGUUAAAAACAAGAACUGGCAGCUAUCUUUUUAGACAGACUCUUAAUCUGAUUGGAUCUCAAUAUUUCCAUGAAUUGAGGAAUUCCUCUUUUUAAGCAACAUUUCACUGAACAACAUGUCUUCAAAAAGCACUGUCUGUAAUAUUUGAACAGAGAAAGCUUUUUAUUUGAGGGUAUUUUGUGUACAUUUAUUUUAUUUUAUUAAUUAUUUGUUUGUUGGUCUGUUUGUUUGUUUGUUUGUUUGUUUGUUUGUUUGU